GCUGUUCAUAGUCGUAAACGAAACUUCGAGCCAGUCUUGGAACCAGAUUUGUUUAUCUCUGGUCUUUUCUAUCUGAGUCUGUUCUGAAAACGAAGAAACAACUUAGACAACUAUGCAAACCACGAAGCGAAUAUUUAGAGUUUUGCCACGACUUACUGCGAAGUCUACCUUAUUUGGUGCGGCAUCUGCACAUUCACGCAGCUUCUACACAAACAGAAUCCUGUAUUCUCUACUUGACGACUUCAAUAAGGCCAAGCAGCAAGUUGGCAGCUUGGCAGAAGACCCAGGAAAUGAUGUGAAACUGCAGAUGUAUGCACUGUUUAAACAGAGCAUGAUAGGGAGUUGUAAUGCACCAAAGCCUGGCAUGAUGGAUUUUGUAGGCAAAGCAAAGUGGACUGCAUGGAGCUCAUUGGGAGAUCUUUCGCAAGAUGAUGCCAAAAAGCAAUACAUUGAUGUGGUUAAUGGACUGCUGGCUAAUGAGGCAUCUGCUCAACCUGUAUCACCUCAAGCAGCAGCACCACCAGGUGGCUAUCACACCCUUGUAGUGAGCAACGAGGGAGGAGUGUUUACCAUCAGAAUCAACCGACCAGACAAAAAGAAUGCCCUCACCAUGCAGACAUAUGAGGAGCUCAUUAAAGCACUUGACCAAGCUAGCAAUGACAAAACAGUUGUUUUGGCUGCUGUGACCGGUACGGGAGACUACUACUCCAGUGGCAAUGACCUGAGCAACUUUGCAAAUAUUCAACCUGAUCAGAUUGCUAAGAUGGCUGAUGAUGCUCGUGAUAUACUCAUACGGUUCGUGGGUGCCUUUAUUGAUUUCCCUAAGCCCCUUAUAUCACUCGUGAAUGGACCAGCAGUUGGAGUGAUGGUGACUACACUAGGACUAUAUGAUGCUGUCUAUGCUACGGAUAAGGCAACGUUUCACACACCGUUCAGCCAGCUUGGACAGACCCCUGAAGGUUGCUCCUCUUACACCUUUCCUAAACUAAUGGGAACUGGAAAGGCUGCGGAAAUGUUGUUGUUCAACCAGAAAAUUAGUGCUCAUGAGGCAUGCCAAAGGGACCUGGUUACAGAGGUGUUCCCUGAUAGUUCCUUCCAUAAGGAAGUGACUGCCCGACUACAGCGACAUGCAAAGUACCCUGUAAAGUCGAUGGUGUACGCCAAGAAGUUGUACCGGGACCAGGAAAGGGAGAUACUACACAAGAUCAAUGCUCAAGAGUGUGACAGGCUGGUUGAGCGAUGGCAGUCAGAGGACUGUAUUAAUGCCAUCAUGAGCUUUUUCUCUAAGAAAUCCAAAAUGUAGGCACUAAGCUAAUAUGAUUGGCCAGAAGACACAGCUACUAGACCGACAAGUAUUAGUUUCUAAUCGAAAUGUGAUCCAUUGUCAUAGUUGGUGAUGCCGUUAUGGGUUCUUGUUUUAUGUCUACAUCUGAUCUUGCAUGUGAACGUUACAUAACUAUUUACAAUUUACUAAUCUAUUAAAUGGAAUUCAAGGAAGUUAAAGGGCAA